AUGCCUGGAGAAUCCUCCAAUGCUGGCAAGGCCGGUGAGGCUGCAAAGGCCCCGACGGUCACCGUCACGAACCAGGAGGGCGUCGACUCAGCUCCUCUGUCAGCGCGUUCCUCGUUCUCUUUGAACAACUACAACUAUCAAUCACCUCCCACUCCGGCCACGGGGGCGCAGACUCCCGAUCCAUUGCUGAACCCGAAGGGCAUCGUGCAAGAGGACGUGUUGAAGAAUUUCCCCAACGCCAUCCCCGGUCGCCAGGAAGAAUAUGAACUCGACCAGCAUAAGGGAUCCGAACUACCGGGUCAUUUCACCCACCGCAAAGCCUCAGCCACGCCGGGGCUCGCCGACGAAUCUGGUUCUCCUCCUCCACGGCCAUCGCAGGGCAUCCCACCGGAGAUCGGCAGCUUUGGUGCAGAAAUCGUCCUCAUCAUAGUCUGCUCCGCCGGUCUCAUGCUGUUCUCCUUCCUCCUGGGCGACGUGCUCGCUCCCCAGGAGGAAUUCCGCAAGGCCCUCGGCAUCUCCAACACGGAGCUCCCCUGGCUCGUCGGCUCGUUCAACGUAGCCAAUGGCAUCUCUGUCGUGGUAUCGGGCUCGCUAUCCGACUUGACGCCGCCAAAAAGUCUCAUGGUGGGUGCCUUCCUCUGGCUCACGGUGUGGAACAUCGUGGGCGCAUUCUCCCUGCAGCCCUCGCGAUACGUGCUCUUCUUCAUCGUGCGCGCCAUGCAGGGGUUGGCCAUCGGCGUGCUCGUCUCUGGCAGCAUGAGCAUCCUUGGCCGUGUGUACAAGCCUGGAAUUCGGAAGAACCGCGUCUUCUCAGCCAUGGCGGCCUGCGCGCCCUUCGGCUUCUCCCUAGGCGCCAUCGAAGGCGGCGCUCUACACCAACAUCUCCCCUGGAUCUUCGGCACCAACGCCAUCAUCACGGGCCUCUGCGCCGUCGCCGCCUACUACUCCAUUCCCACGCUGCGCCCCGUCGCCGACGCCGACGGCAAGGAGGCCCCCUCCCUGCGCCAAUUCGACUACAUCGGCGCCAUCCUCGCCAUCCUUGGCUGCGUGUGUCUGCUCUUCGGCCUGACCCAGGGCUCUGUGACGCAGUGGUCCGCGUAUACCUGUGUCCUGACGGCCUUGGGAAUCGUGUUCCUGAUCGCGCUCUUCAUCGCCGAGCGCUACGUCACUCGACCCUUGAUCCCCACGCGCCUCUGGAGCACCAAGGGCUUCACGCCGCUCAUGAUCGCUUACUUCCUCGGCUUCGGGUCCUUCUUUGGCGCGUGGCAGUUCUACGCCGUGCAGUUCUGGCUGCGCAUUCAGCACGCCACGCCCCUGGCCGUUGCGUUGUAUCACAUCCCUAACGCGCUUGUCGGCGUCCUCGCAACGUGGGUCGUCAGUCGCACGCUGCAUCUCGUCCCGGGCCACUAUAUCUACGCGACCUCGAUGUUCGCCUUCACGCUAGGCCCGGCCUUCUUCCUCCCUCAGACUCCGAAUACCACGUACUGGGCGCUAUCGCUGCCUGGCGUGGCGCUGGUCACUUUCGGCCCGGACCUGGCGUUCGCAGCGGCGUCGAUCUUCAUUACGAGUAAUGUGGCGCGCUCGUACCAGGGUAGUGCGGGUAGUCUGCUGGUGACGAACCAGAACCUCUCGUCGGCUAUUAUCACUAGUGUGGCGGAUGCGAUUGGAACGAAGGUCGACAUGGGUGCUGAUGGCGAGGUCGGCUUGAAGGGCUUGCGGGCUAUCUGGUGGUUUGCGCUGGGAUGUCAGCUGCUGGCUGCGUUGGUGACGGUGGUUUGGGUGAGGAUUCCUAAGGAGGAGGAGAAGGAACAUGUUACCUAG